UCUGCACCCCCUGGCGCGCGCGCGCGCGCGUGAUCCGAUCUGCCCCGCCGCGCGCGGUGCGGAUCUUCGUGUCCGCGGGCGGGAUCCGGUGGCGGCGGCCGCCGUUGACUCGCGGCGUCGUUGUUUUGUUCUCGUGGGGCGGGAUGGGGGCUGGCUGGGCUGUGCGGGGAGGCGAGGCGAGGCGAAGGCGCAGAUCGGCUCCUGUGCUCGCUCGCGCGCGCAUGGGAAAAUUAAUUCGUUUUGGUUUUUUUCCCAUAUUAUUUUUAUUAUUUAUUUUCAUUUUUCGAAACCUGCCUGUCUCGGUGGCGAUGAACUAAGGCGGCUUGGUAUUUCUGCGGCCGCUUCUCUGUUCGUGUUGUGCGGGGGGUGAGGGAGGGCUGGCGUUGAUGGAAGGAUGGAGAAAUUUGUUGGGGCUCGCGGCCCAGUGAAUCAGCUCUGCUCUGGGCUUGUGGUGAGUGUGAAGCUCGUGCGAACGGGGCGACCUGGUGUGAUCUCCACGUCUGCAGGCUCGGAUAAAAAAGAUAAUGCAAGCAGAUGAAGACGUUGGCAAGAUUGCACUAGCGGUGCCUGUUUUAGUUUCAAGGGCUCUUGAAUUGUUUUUGCAAGAUUUGAUUGAUCGGACCUAUGAAAUUACGCUUCAAAGUGGUGCAAAGACUCUGAAUUCAUUCCACCUGAAGCAAUGUGUGAAGAGGUACAGUUCUUUUGAUUUCCUAACUGAAGUUGUCAACAAGGUACCAGACCUUGGUGGUGCAGACUCUUGUGGGGAUGAAAGAGGGUUACCUAGAAGAAGAAAGUCAAAUGGCAGUGACCCAGAGAAUGAUGAAUCAAGAUCCAGCAAAAUGGCCAUAAGAAGUGCAAACAUCAGCCCUAGAGGACGUGGGAGAGGUCGAGGCAGGGGGCGAGGACGGCCACCAACCAAGAGAAAGGAAGUUGGUUAUGUACAAUUUGAGGAUGAGAGCAGCAUGUUUGCUGAACAAGGUGAACCCUUACCAGGAGACGAGACAGUUCCAGAGAGCAACCAUAGCAAUGAGAACAUAACACAAAGUGCACAACCUCCAGUAGAGGCUCCUCCACCAGCAGCUGCGCCAGGUGCAUCUAAGGUGGAAGAAGCGAAUACCGACCAUCAGUCAGAUUGGCCAAUGCCAGAUGCCACCAUUGCAAACAUUGGUGUUGGUCCAUCUGGUUUUGGGCAUCUGACGGUGCAGGUUGAUGAGGAUGAGGACUACGACAACGAGGAUUAGUCCCUCAUUGUAUGCACUAACAGGACUGUUCUUGUGUUGUAAAAUGUAAAUAUAGUUUGAAGUAGUUGCCACAGCUUAGCUGUGAUGGGCUGCUGAUGUGAUGCAGUUAUGUAGCUGUCCUGUGUAACUUUUGUUUCCCAAUAAUUGCUUGGUAGUUGCCUCUUAUUUUACAUGAUUGACUAAGUGUUUUGUCAUAUUUAACCCAGUAUUUGAGCAGUGCUUGACUCUAUUUAAUAUUGCCAUAUUUUAUCAGUGA